AUGGUCUGGCCAUCUAUCGCUAUAGCCAUUCCCCUGUUUCUUCUCCUGAUCCAUUUUUCCUCGAAAAGCGAACGAUCCAAUGCGACAAUUCAUGUCCAGCCAAGCGGAGUGUUGGGCUUGACAACCCUUUCAUCCAUUCUUCGCCAUCUGAAAAGUAAUAGAUUUACAGAAUGGAUCAUCGACGUUCUCAGUGUCCCCGGUCAUACCGCUGAGAUGAACAUCUUUGGCACUCGUUUCAUUUUGACUGAAGAGCCAGAGAACUUGAAGGCCAUUUUUACAAAUCAGUUUCGAGACUAUGGCAAAGGAGUUUCAAGCCACAAGGCCCUGGGAUAUCUGGCCACUGACUCUAUAUUUACCGCGGAUGGGGCUGGUUGGCGGAUGAAAAGAAAAGAACUUCGCUCUUAUAUUGCCGGAAUUAAAGAAUCAGACAUCCAAAUUACGGGAAAGCAUGUGCAAGAAUUGCUGGAUCGCAUCUCAUCGAGUCAAAGUACCGAUGGACUAGAUGUUUACGAUGCGCUCGACCGGCUGCAAUUGAAUAUCGCUCUGCAUCGAUUUCUCGGACAGGACAAGGUCACUGAUGUGGCUGCAUAUGAGAAAUUCCGCAAAGCCAAGCACAUCCUAGGUCUGGCAGGGACGCUUCACUUGUUUCUUGGGCCAAUCGGUGGCGUCGUUGGGUGGUUCAUGUCCAGAAAGGCCAAGAUAGACGUUAAUGAAUACAUCACCGGCUUGAUCGAUUUCGCGAAUUGCUCCGAAGACAGCGCAGGAAAAGAAGCAUUACAAACUACGCCGACCCGGGACUUUUUGCUAGCUCUCCUACUCGCAGGCAAGGACCCUACAGUCAUAGGGGUAUCUUGGACCAUCUAUCAACUUGCACAACAUCCCCAAAUAUACGCCAGACUGCGAUCAGAAAUCGAAUCCCACAUCGGUUUCGAAAAAGCCCCUGACCUGGCUUCACUAGAAAAAAUGCCUUUCCUGAAAAUGGUGAUUCAGGAAACCAUGCGCUUGACUCCUCCCAUUGGCUUUAAUUUCCGAGAAGCGCUACAAGAUACAACUCUUCCUCGAGGCGGUGGAGGACAUGGGCAAGAUCCAAUUGUUGUAAAGAAGGGCCAUAUCGUUUUUGCCUCCAUAUUCGGGAUGCAUCGACUACCGACCUCUGUCGGUAUUGAUGCGGAUAGCUGGAGACCAGAUCGAUGGAAGGAGUGGACUCCUCCAGAGGGUGAAUUUAUUCCCUUCAGUACGGGUCCACGGAAUUGUCUUGGUCGGUCUUUUGCACAAUUUCAGAUGGAGUAUAUCGUUGUGCGCAUUCUUCAGAAGUUCUCAGGUAUUUCUUACGAGGGACUCGAGCAACAGGUCAAAUUCGAGAUUAACACUAAGCCUGCAUUUCCUGUGCUGUGUAAAUUUCACACAGAUUGA